UUCGCGGGCCGCCGUGCUGGCUCUCGUGAGCACCACGCCUGGGCGAGGCAUUCGCUGACAAUCUUCUAGUGAUUUUACCAGGAAUCGGACUCAGAUUUGUUGGCCUCUAGUCCGUGGGUUUUAGCUUUGUUUUGUUUUAUUGUUAACCAUGUUUCCAUACAGUUGUCUGUUGUUCUUGUUUUUUGUAACCCUGUGUGUCCUCUGGUUCUGGGAAGGAUCCGUAGGCUUCACCAGGCUGCCUGCCCAAGGGGUCCAGGACACACAAAAGAUGAGGACCUUGCCCCAGUCUCUUCCCUUUCGUGGAAAACAGAGCCUUUGUCCUUCUGUCUCCAAAGUGUGUCCAAGAGUGGCCCAGCAGUGACCUAGCCUGGUUCUUUUAGCUCCAGUGGACGUGGUUCAUCUGGGCCAAGGGACUUGUGCACGCCCAGGGCGGCCGGACCCUUCCUUCUUGGGUACCCCCUCCCCACUAGCUGUGUUUGCUCUGUUACCUCCGGUGCAAAGGUCACCCUGUGAUAGAGGAAGCCAAAGCAGGAUCAGAAUUGCCUGGGUCCUCUGUGCUGCUGACCACACAGUGGCCCGCUCCCGUGGUGCCCUGCACCAGGUCCUGCGUACCUGGCAGCCGGGCCAGCAGUGACUGGCAAGCAGAAUACGAGACGAGACAAGAGCAGAAUACAAGACGAGACAAGACGCACAUUAAGCCAAAAGAAGAUGAAACAUGAAGAGGAGGACCCCAGCGGGCCAGAGCCGAGGAGAGCUGUGGCCCCUCGCCGUGGCGCUGCCCCCGGGGAGGCACAGAAAGUGGGAGAAACCAAAGAACGGGAUGAUGAAGACCGUGUAAAAGAGAGUGCAGAGCCCGAGGAGCUCGUGGCCAUCGCAGACUACACAGCAGUGGAUGAGACACAGCUCAGUUUCUGCAGGGGAGAGAAGCUGCUGGUGCUGAGGCGGGUGACGGCCGAGUGGUGGUGGGGCGAGCGGGAGGGCCGCUGCGGGUACAUCCCCGCCAGCUACGUGAUGCAGAGCUUGGAAGACCCGGAGCCUGAAGACACGUGGCAAGACGAGGAGUACUUUGGCAGCUAUGGAGCCCUGAGACUCCACUUGGAAAUGCUGUCAGAUCAGCCGAGGACAGCUGUGUACCACCAGGUGAUCCUGCAGCACAAAGAAUUUCUGCAAGAUAAAGUGAUUUUGGACGUUGGGUGCGGCACGGGCAUCCUCAGCCUCUUCUGUGCCCAUUACGCACGGCCCAGAGCAGUCUAUGCCGUGGAGGCCAGUGAGAUGGCCCAGCACACCAAGCAGCUGGUGCUACACAAUGGCUUUGCAGACAAAAUCACUGUCUUCCAGCAGAAGGUGGAGGACGUGACCCUGCCGGGGAAGGUGGAUGUGCUGGUGUCAGAGUGGAUGGGCACGUGUCUGCUGUUUGAGUUCAUGAUUGAGUCUGUGCUCUUGGCGAGGGACAAGUGGCUUUCCCCUGAUGGGGUCAUUUGGCCAACCACGGCUGUGAUCCACCUCGCCCCCUGCAGUGCUGAGAAGGACUAUGACCACAAAGUCCUCUUCUGGGACAACGCCUACGAGUUCGACCUCAGCUCUUUAAAAUCUUUGGCCAUCAGGGAGUUUUUCGCCAAGCCCAAGUACAAUCAUACUUUAGAGCCGGAAGAGUGCCUUUCGGACCCACGUCCCGUCUUCCAGUUGGACAUGAAAACCGUGCAGAUCCCUGACCUUGAGAAGAUGAAGGGCGACCUCUGCUUCUGCAUCAGGAGGUCCGGAACUCUGCACGGGUUUUCUGCCUGGUUCAGUGUCGAGUUCCAGAGUGUGGGAGAAGACAGACCGCAGCUGGUGCUGAGCACAGGCCCCACGGACCCCACAACGCAUUGGAAACAGACCUUAUUUAUGCUGGACGAGCCUUUGGCCGUCCGUGCCGGAGAUGUGGUCACUGGCUCCAUCGUGCUGCAGAGAAACCCGGUGUGGAGGAGGCAUAUGUCCGUCACCCUGAGCUGGACUGUCACCUCCGAAAAAGACCCCACCUCUCCAAAGGUUGGAGAGAAAACCUUCCCCAUCUGGAGAUGAGGCCACCAGAGGGCCCAGGCCGGCAGGUGGGAUGACGACUGUGGGGGGUGUGGCUGGGCCCCCUGCCCACCUCCCCAGCAGCCAAACUGAAAUGUGAAAGGUUGGGAAGUGGCCAAAAGUUCUGAAGCCCCUUAGGACACCCUCAUUUUACAGGUGAGGAAACUGAGGCCCACGGAGGCGAACGGACUUGCCCUGGGUCACGCAGGGAAUGGCAGAGCGAGGAGGACCCAAAGGCUGCCCGC